CAUUUGCAAACAUUCUAUUUCUUCAACACUGAAAUGUAUGUUUUCCACAUAUAUUAAUCUGGAUGUGUUCAUUUAACGUAGGUCCUCUGUUUUUUCCCCUCAAAAAAAGUCAUCAGAAAGUCAGUGGUUUUGUAGUCAGCAGAGUCUUAGAAUCAGGAAUGUUCUGUGGUCAGCCAGUGAUGCUGAGCACGAGAGUUUGAAGCAUUUUUAGUGGAGAACCUUCCAAACCUCAGCUUAACUAAGACUGUUGCUCAGAGCUUUGAAGACUUUUCAACUUUCUCUGCUUUCCAGGGUUCUGCCCUGCCUCUCGGCUCUCCCUCCGAUGGUGGCAUCCCAUGGAUUUUAUUUUCCCCCCUAUUGCCAUUAUUCCUGUUAUCAUCACGUGAACUCUUCCCCUGGCCUCAUUGCCAUCCUACAACCCGGAGUGGUUCUAAGGAGUCUCAGUUGACUCUCAAGUUCUCUCCCUGAGGAAUUCUCCCAUCUUGGAGGGGUGUGGACCAACCGGAGUACCUCUUUUUGGCAUAACGAGCCCCUGACAGACCUCUCUGCACAUAGGUAGAGUUUUUCCAUUUCUGGAAACAGACAGACCCUGCUGCCUCUAGUCAGAGCCGUCAAGCCCGUACUGGAAGGGGUCUCCGGUCUUGGAAUGCCCAAGUUCAUUUGGACUUUCUCCUUUGUUCUGGAAAUAUGUGGGCCUCAGCUCAGGCAGAAUCAAAACUAGUCUAGGCCUGCAGACCUCCCAGGAGGGCAGAACUUGUUUCCUCACCCACGAAACUGGACUCCUCUGAUUGGAUAGGAGACCAUUUAUUACUUCUUCUGCCUUCCUUGUAACAGCCACAUGAUCACACUCCGAGUCACUGAUGCUGGCGUGCUUUCAUUCCUGGUACCCUCUACUGUCUCCCCAGUCCUGCUGCAGCCACUCCUUAGCCCAGGCCCCGAAUGGUCCCUGUGGCACCAGCUGGUGUCAUUUCAAGCGGUAGCAACAUCUGAGGACGCCAAAUGUGGCCAGUGUUUGAGAGCCUCUGGGAAGGCCUGCUGCAUGGACACGAUGCUGGACGGUUAUGAGAACGUGGUCCCUCAGGGCUCCUUCUUACAGUUGUCCACGAUGCCCCAGAAACCUGGAAACGACCCUCCUCAUGUGUCCACUACAAGUGACACGGAAACGGAGAUAUGUCACAUGAGAGAAAAGUUUCUUGCAAGUGUGACCAAGUUAGUUGAAAGCAAAAGUUACAACAGUAAGGUAUUUUCCAAAGAAAAGUACUUUCAAACGAUAAAGGAAGUCAAAGAAGCUAAGGAAAAGGGGAAGAAGUCCUCGCGUGACUACCGCCGUGCGGCAAAAUACGACGUGAUCUCUGUGCAAGGCACAGAGAAACUGAUUGAGGCGACCCACGGAGAACGCGACCGAAUUCGGUAUUACGUGCAUAAGGAAGAGUUGUUUGACAUUCUCCAUGAUACACAUCUCAACAUUGGGCACGGCGGGCGGACACGCAUGCUCAAGGAGCUACAAGGAAAGUACGGGAAUGUCACCAAAGAAGUCAUCGUCUUGUACCUGACGCUCUGUAAACAGUGCUACCAGAAGAACCCGGUACCCAAGAGAGGUCUUGCCCCCAAGCCCAUGCCUUCGAAGGACACUGACUCCAGGUGCCAAGUUGAGGUCCUGGACAUGCAGUCAAAUGCCGACGGUGAGUUCAAGUUUAUCUUGUAUUACCAGGACCACUUAACCAAGUUUAUUAUUUUACGGCCAUUGAAAGCGAAGCGGGCCCGUGAGGUGGUCAUUGUCCUCUUGGACAUCUUCACGAUUCUUGGUACACCUCGUGUGUUAGAUUCUGGCAGUGGCGUGGAGUUCACAAACCAGGUUGUGCAUGAGCUCAGUGAGGUAUGGCCAGACCUAAAGAUUGCCUGUGGUAAACAGCGCCCUGGCCAGGGCCCAGGCUCCCUGGAGCAAGUCAGCCACGAUGUCAAGAACAUGGUAAGGGCCUGGAUGCAGAGUAACCGCUCACGUUGCUGGGCUGAAGGCCUGAGAUUCGUACAGAUGGCGAGGAAUCAGCUGUUUGACGUGUCCCUGCAGCGAAGUCCAUACGAGGCAAUGUUUGGUUUUAAGGCCAAACUCGGGCUGUACUCUUCGCACUUACCCCGGGAAACUGUGGCCAUCUUACAAACAGAAGAGGAGCUGGAAAUUGCUGAAGAACAGCUAGAGAGUAGCCUUUGGAUGGGGCAGGAAGAAAGGACUGAGGUUGCAGCAGACAGAUCUGAUGUGGACGAGGACCUCGAUCCCACCACUCCAGAAGCAGCAGAGCCCAGCACCUCACAGGGGGCCCCAUGUCUCUUUUGCUGGUGACCAGGCACCUGCCGAGUGGGCGCCAUAUGGCCCUUGGGGAACUACCACCAAAUUCCCUGGGGAAAGGAGCUUGAAGGGUAGACCUUCCCAUCAGUCAAAUUGUCCAUGGAAGUCCUUGCUUGAAGGGGCAAACCUGGUGAGGUCUGUGACCUGGGGCUACCAUGACAAAGGACCGCAGUCUUGGCAGGCUAGAACAGCAGGAAUUUACCCUCUCGUCCUUCUGGGGCCAGAAGUUCAGAAUCGGGGUGUCAGCAGAGUCUGCCUCUCCUGGAGGCCCUGAAGGAGAAUCCAUUCCGUGCCUCUGGCCUUUCUCUGAUGGCUGCUUGCAAUCCUUGGCUUGUACAAGUCCAGUCUCUGCCCCAUCUUCCUGUGGGUCUCCAUGUGUGUUGUCCUUUUCCGUCUCUUAGAAGGACCCAUUGGAUACCAAAUCCAUGUCAUUGGGUUUAAGGCCCACCCCAUUUGAGGGUGAUCUCAUCUCGGGAGCCUCCCCUAAAUUAUAUUUACAAAGACACUUUCCCCACUUUUCCCUAGUCUCAGGUACUAGGGGUUUGGCCCUGGGCAUAACUUUCUGGGAGACAGAGUUCUACGAACUACGGAGUGUGUUUGCCUGCAGGACGUGAACUGAUGGGGUCUUACCAGUGAAGCUGGUGGGGGUGCCCUCCCUAUUUCUAGUACGCAUUCCUUCUGCCAAAUCCUGCUCCUCAGACAAUAUCCGAAAAGACAGGGCACAGAGGAAAAGAUGGAGAUGAAGGACAAGUCAUGAGAGAAGAUGUUGACCCAGCACACCCUGGGGACUGGCCACCUCAGCACCUGCUCUCUAAUUCCUGCUUCAAGAAAUACCAUAGGUGCCAUCCCGGCUCUCAGAACAGCAUGUGCAGGGAAUGGUGUGACCUGCCUGGAACGUACUUUAAAAGUUGGCCAGAAUUAAGACAUGGCUAGGGUUUCAGUCUGAGUCUGCCAGUUGUCUCUGCCUUAAGAAUAGCAAAGCAUGUCUUUCUGGAACGGGUCAGUACAUUCCAGGAAGUGACCAGUCGCCAGGGACUCUGGAGCAAAGGGCAAACAUGGGCCAGAUGUCCCUGCUCUGGCCAGAGGAGACUAGAGCAAGGGCCAGUCUGGGUCAUGGUUCAGGGUAAGGAGAGCUGACCUGGAAAAGGAGAAGGACACUGCCUUGGAUCUGGGUUCUGCUGUGUUCCCAUGGCCGAGACAAAAGCCUAGCCCACUGGAGAUGUUCUGGGAGGAUCUGUCAUGGGAACAAAUAGUUCUGCAGAGGUGACCACAGGAAGGAGAGGGGUCUGGUCUUUAUUCCCCCGUGCAUCCUUCCUGCGUAUCCUGGAGCCAUUCAAGCCCAUUCUGAUCACUCCUGGAGCCAGUUCCCUCCUCCAUAAGGGGCAGUACCUACCCCUACCCACAGAAGGGACAACACUGCCUGCCUCACAGGGUGUUGUGAGAACCAGAGAGAAGAUGUGGGAAGGGCUUUGUCUAAACGCUGAGUUAGUUGUCCUUGCUACCAGCGGAGCCCAUCCCCCACACGAAAGCUGGAGGCCUCUGCCCUUCCUCUGCUGGUUAAACAGUGGUACCGGGAGGCUACAUGAUUAUUAUUAGAAAGGAGGUGACAGCACCUUCCAACUUGUUCCGGGGGAGGGGGGGAAUCCUGUUCCAUCCUUGGCAGGGACCUCACUCUGCACUGCUCCUUUGUUACUCACCCUGGCAGGGUCUGGGAGGCCCAGCUCAACUCAUGUUACCAACACUCUUGCUGACCUACUGCCUCGUGGUUGCCAGGCAAACCAGGAACCGCAUUGUGGACCCGGGCAGGGGAGAGGUGAGAUGAGGCACAGCGUCCCCCGCCUGUCCCAGGGAGGGGCUGCAGAGAACCCAGGUCUCCCCAGCUGCUGCAUCUCCACUCUUCCUUCCCCUUUUCCUUCUUAAUGCUGGUGGUGGGAGAAGAGUUAGAGGUGUACACUGAGACCUGCUGUGGCCUUACUCUGCAUUUCAGCAUCUGGAACAGAAGCUUCCAGGGUCCCACCAGCUGCUUGCAGCAUGCAAAUGUAGUUCAUGUGCGAAACUGAAAACUAUCACCACCAUCACUCUAGAAAACCAGGUUUCACAUAUAUCUCUGGAAAAGUUGGAAGAUCUAGCCACACCAGGCCUGCAUCUUUGCAUCACAGCGGAGUGGAUCUCGGUGGCAGCCCCCAGGGGGCAGUCUGCGCAUGCAUCCUCCAGUCCUCCAGGUGGCCACUGUCAGGCCCCCACAGAAUACGGCCAGGUGCAUUUCUGUGGCCGUUGCUGGAGAAAGGCACGUGAAGUCAGAAUAUGAACCAAGGCCAGAAACCGACUUCUGUUUGCUUUGAGAAUUUUUGAUAAAAGUGGCAUUCCAGGGGCGCCUGGGUGACUCAGUGGGUUGA